AUUAGUGAAAACGAACAAAAAAUUAGGGUUAUCGAAAUUUGGGUGAAUCGGAGACUAGGUCGUUUUCUUUAAAAUGUUCGUGAAACGACUUCGUGAUUUUGCACAACAGUCUAUUAGUCGGUUGCCCCUAGAAUAAAAUAGCCACUCGUAUACUCUCGGUUUGAACGGAACCGCAGAUCUAUGAAUACCAAUCUCUUAUGUUGGCUCUUCGUAUGUUCAACGUCCAAAGGGUAUGAGGAAUCAACUAUUUAAAGUGGAGCCAAAACCCUAAGAAUAUACCCUCUUUCGUGGGGAAUAAAUCACACUUAAUUAGGGGAAUAAUUAUCCUCAUUGUAUCCAUUGAGAAAUAAUUAAUUCAGAAUUUCUCCAAAUUGUAUAGUCUCAAGUUGACCACCCACCCACCUACUCGCUCGACGAAUGGACGGACGACGCUUUGUGUGUGUGAUAUAAUGGUCAUUUAGGUCAUUCCUCUCUCACAAAAGUGGGUCAUCUAAAUAUAUCUAAAUACACCUUUAACAGAUGUUCACCUACCAAUGUGGUAGUUUCUCUUGAGACUUCUAAUAUAGUUUUCAAAUUUAUUCAUAUGCAAAACCCUCAUGCUUUGAUAGUUUUGAAGCUAUCUUUGAGCAUAAAACAUAGUAUAAGAAUGGAGAUAAACUAAGGUAUCUUUCAGUUUGAAUCUUAGCGUUUUGGACACUUCCAAUUCAACAAGAGUGACUAGUAAUCUUGAACUCUAUCUCACACAGUGUAGCACAUCGAACCUUUUCAUUGAAUGUGAUUCUCUAACAGUCGUGUAUUUACGGUCCUGCACGUUAUCCCAGUUUAGUGAAUGAUCUAGAAAUUUGGUGCCUCGCCAAAUUCCAUAGGAAUCGGCCCCACUCCCACAUUCAUAUAGAUGACUCUAUUAGAAGUACACCCAACAACAAUGUACUUCACUCCAUAUGAAGUGCAGACCUCAUGAAGAGUUACUAUUAACUAACCUAUAUAAACUUUGAGAAUUCAUGUUUCACUAUGCAUGAACUUUCUUAUAUUAAAGUGGACUUGUUAUUGCCCAUUGAACCCAUUUCUUGGGAUCUCUAGUCAACUUGGUCGGUUUACAAUCUUGUGUUAUUCAUAUUUCUAUAGGCAUAAAUCCCAUUCCCUUGGCGGUAUUUUAGACUUUCUCUCUAGGUAAUCCUUAAGUCAAAGGAUCAGCUACAUUCUGCUCUGAUAUUACACGAUUAACACUUACUACUCCUUUCGUCUCUUACCAUUCUAAUAACAGUUCUCAAUCAUGUGAUCAACAUAAAUGAGAAAAACAAAUAUCCCGCGCGAAGAAGAAGAAUGAACAAUGAAGGGUCAUUAAAGCUCUAACCCCAAAACAUAAAUUGUCUCAUGAAACUUCUCGAACCAAGCACAUAGUGCUUGCUUAAGGCCAUACAAUGAACGAAGAAGUCAAACUUGAUCUGGUGUCCCUAGAGUAUAUCUCGAAGGCUGCUCCAUGUAAACUACUUCCUUUAUGUCCCUAUGUAAGAAGGAAUUUUUCACAUUAAGGGGAAACAACGGCCAAUUACGAAUAGCAGCUACUGCAAGUAAAGUACGAAUAGUGGACAUCUUAGCCACGAGAGCAAAAGUCUCAUCAAAGUAGAUCCCGUAUUCUUGAGUAAAGCUUUGUGCACAACCCUGGCUUUGUGUCGUUCGAUGCUACCAGGAGGAUUCAUCUUCAACGUGUAUACCCACCUGCUACUGAUGAUAUGAUCCCAAAUGGCUAACUCUACCCGUUUGUACUGCUUGCCAAAGAAGCUAUCAAGGUUGGAAAGAAAAGAGGCAUAAUUUGGCCAAGUGUUGGAAUAAUUUCGAGAUGCCUGGAAGUAUAGAUUGAAGAAUCAGGAUUUUUGGACAUUUACAUCUAAAACUGGUUUUUGAAUCUGGCAAAAGUUGCUUAAAAGUAAAGAGAAUAUCCAUUAGAAAACUUUACUGCAGAAUGGUGAGAUCUUAUGGAAUGGUAAUGUGAUGACAAGGUUUAUUAUUAAACAUCUUUGGGAAGACUUUCGUUCUAGGGAGCACCAUGUUCCUUGGUACUCUCUUGAUUGGAAGAGGCCAUCAAUCCCACGGAAUCGAUUCCUUGUGUGGUUAGUGGUACGAAAUUUCAUAUCUACUGGGGACAAGAUGAGUAGUUGGGGGAUGCAGGCUCUUCUCUUGUGUUUUUGUUCAUGUGCACUAGAAACUAGAAGCCACAUGUUUGCAGAAUGUCAUGUAGCUAAAUGUAUGUUUGCAGGAUUACUUGCUCCUAUUUUUCAUCCAUAUUCAUUUGACUCUUGGGAGGAUGAGCUACAGUGGGAGAUUGAUAACCUCAAGAGUAAGACAGUAAGCAAACAAAUUGCUCGAGUGAUCUGGAGAGCCAUUAUUAGUACUAUCUGGCGGGAGAGAUGUCUGCUGCGACAUAGAGGUAACAAGAAGAGCAUCCCAGUUAUGAUUGAGCAAAUUAAGAAUGAAGUUCGAAUGUUUUUGGAGGGUAUGACGGUCUGUCACUGAGUUCUUCGGUCUUGACAAUAAAUUGAUUGAGACUGGUUAGGUCUUAGGAUACAUUGCGGUAACUAUGUAUAGUUUUACAUAGAGUUCAAAAAUGUAAAGCUACUCUCGAUUACUCAUUGGCAUAGUAUGUUGCCAAAGGUACUUGCUUUUUUUAUGAUAUAAAAUUAACUAAUUUAUAAAUAUAUAUAAAUGAAAUUGUCAUUCUAAUAAAUACAUAUGCAAAAUUAGGUAAUGGAUAUGAUGAAUGGAUAGAGAGGGAGCGAAUUCGGGCAAUAACCUUGUGGUCAAUAACUAUGCAUAAUCCAAUUAGAAUCUGUCACAUCAGCGUCCAUUCUCUCUCCUGAUAAGUCUUUAAUUUCCCCCUUAAUCUUUAACGGAUGAUUUCUCACUCGCUUUAAGUCGAAUUUUUUUUGCACAGUUAGAUCAAAUUAAUUGUGCUCUUCAAAAUGAUAUCCAAUUUGAUAUAUUUUUGGAACAAAAAAAAUUUGAGUCAUUUUUUACCAGUCUAUACCAUAUGGAAUUGACUGGUAUUGAAAUAAGAGCAUACUUAUGGUAUGAAAAGCGUAACAUGGUGGUAUAAACAAACCAAGACUGUAGGAUGGUUGAAUUCAUGAUAGUAGAAGUAUAUUAACUGUCAUUUACGACUUGUAACAUGUGUAACACAAGAUACCACCCUGUACCAACCAGGGUGGUAUUGUGUGGUAUUUUUGGUCCUGUAUUUUGUUCACCCAGAAAUUUGUAAAUCCAAUAGAUCAUGAUGAACUCGUUCCUUCUGUGCAAAAAUUUUCAAAAAUGAAUUAAAAACAAAGAAGAUACGAGAGGCACAGAAUUUUUAUUUCUAAAAAAAAUGGAAAAUAUAUCUCUUUUUGUAGAGCACAACGAACUCGUUCCAUCUGUAAAAAAAAAUUGAAAUCUAAUUUAAAACGAAAAAAGAUAUGAACCUAUUGAGAAAAUAAAAAUGUAUUUAAUUCUCGGCUCUUAUAUCUGAAUUUUUUGAAUGGGUUGAGCCGAAGCAGCAGCACCUGGGAAGCCAGCGGGUGAAGUAAGCAGCGAGUCACACAAGCCCUUGCACUUCAUCAAUAUAUUUUCUUAUAAGAAAUGGGAAUGAGAAUAAUGUACUGCCCGAAACAUGGGAAGAUUCGUUUCCUCCCAUUUCAAUGGUUUGACUAUUAUUACUUUUCUCUAGUGCUGCUUCCACUGCAAAUUAAGUAUUACCUCACCAAUUAUGUCACUCCCAACCCCUGUCCCAUACAUAAUAAUAUCAUAUUAUCAUCUCCAAUUCUGCCUACUACUAUAUAUACAAACCACACUAGCUCAAUCCCCUCCACCAUUAAUCCUUCACCACAUUCUCACAAGACAAGAGCAAUUCUCAUUCCCUUGUCCUGACUAAACCUCAGAGUGAUCUUGGAAUAACUAAAUCCCAGCUACAACAAUGGCAGCAAUUCAGUCGGCAGAGCAAGAGCACCCUGUUCCGGCCUUUGGUUGGGCUGCAAGGGACCAAUCUGGUGUCCUUUCCCCUUUCAAUUUCUCCAGAAGAGCAACAGGGGAGACGGAUGUGAAGUUCAAAGUGCUCUACUGCGGUAUCUGCCACUCCGAUCUCCACAUGAUCAAGAACGAAUGGGGUACCUCCACGUACCCACUGGUCCCCGGCCACGAAAUCGUCGGCCAGGUCACCGAAGUCGGGAGCCAAGUCACAAGAUUCAACCCCGGCGACCGAGUCGGCGUCGGUUGCAUCGUCGCCUCCUGCCGCUCCUGCGACAACUGCAUCAACGACCUCGAAAACUACUGCCCCAAAUACACCCUCACCUAUUCCGGCCUCAGCUCCGACGGCACCAUAACCUACGGCGGCUACUCCGACGUCAUGGUCUGCGACGAGCACUUCGUCCUCCGAAUCCCCGACGCCCUGCCCCUCCAUUCCGCCGCUCCUUUACUCUGCGCCGGGAUCACGGUUUACAGCCCAUUGAGAUACUAUGGGCUGGACCGGCCCGGGAUGAAAGUGGGCGUUGUUGGGCUCGGUGGGCUGGGUCACGUGGCCGUCAAAUUCGCCAAGGCCAUGGGGGCUAAAGUCACCGUCAUCAGCACCUCGCCGGCGAAGAAAGAGGAGGCAAUCCGAAACCUGGGCGCCGAUUCGUUUCUGAUCAGCCGCGAUCAGGACGAGAUGAAGGCGGCGAUGGGGAGUUUUGACGGGAUCAUCGAUACGGUGUCGGCGGAUCACCCGUUGGUGCCGUUGAUUGGGCUGCUGAAGACGAAUGGGAAGUUGGUCUUGGUCGGGGCGCCGCCGAAGCCGCUUGAGCUGCCGGCUUUCUCGUUGCUGAUGGGCAGGAAGAUGGUCGGCGGGAGCGGGAUUGGAGGGAUGAAGGAGACGCAGGAGAUGCUUGAUUUUGCGGCCAAACAUGGCGUUGCGGCGGAGGUCGAGGUUGUUCCCGUCGAAUAUGUGAACGAGGCCAUGGAACGUUUGGAGAGGGCGGAUGUCAAGUACAGAUUCGUCAUUGACGUUGGCAACACAUUACUGAACAAUGCUUGAUUAAGUUGGUUCCCAAAUUUUACGCAUUUCACCGUGGUUACUUGGAUUUGUUUUGCUUCUAGAAUGAGUAAUUGAGUAAGAAAUAAGAGAGCAUGUCUUAACGAGAAUGGAUUUAGAUUUUACUUCCAAUGAAUUUUAUCAUUUUGGAUAAAGCAGUUUGGUGUUGCUCUGAAUGUAAUUUGGAUACAACUUAUUUAUGAUUUGUAUUUUAAACUUUUCAAAUUAUUUGAAAUGCUUAAUUUCAUAUGCCACAAUUGUCUCGUUUGAGAUAAUUGUACCAAAUUGCCUCGUUUGUCAGCAAAAAUUUUGGAUGGAUCAAUCUGCAUGAGGUAUUUUGAAUUGAUCGGUUUUGAGUCAAUUUCAAUUACCUGGGGUGGGGGCAAGUAAUUCGAAUUGACUCAUUUUAAUUGCCUCGUUUAUAAAACGAGACAAUUGAUCAAAUUGACUCAUUUCUAGAUUGAUCCAUCCAAACGACCCCUAGGUGAUAUCGAAAUUAUUUUUCAAUUUUUGAAGUUCUGAUAAUAUUUCAUCAAUAACCAAACAUUGUAUUCUUGAUGUUUAUUGUUGGGAAAAAGCUUUCAUUGUCUGGGCUAAAACUAAAAAAGAUCAAGCGAAUAUAAUAAAAUAUCAAGAGGUAACAAUUGUCAAGUCCAACAAUAUAAUAGAAGAAAGCAACAAGACAAACUCACAGAAUGUGGCAGAGCAAUCACACACAAAGCAAGAGAGGUUACUCCGUGAUUAGCAAAAUGUGUGAGAGGUGAAGUGUUCAUUUUUGUAUUGCUUGAGUGUUGUGAGCUUGUGUAAUUUCUCUCUAGUGUGAGCUUGUGAGGAAGAGAUAAUGUUUUAUUGCUCUAUUCUUGUCAAGGGGUUCAGUUCCAUCUAAAGGAGCUCAACUUGGAGUUAGACAUGAAUAAGAUAAAAACAUAGACACCUAGAUCUCAUAGGGUGAGACACCUCACACCUUUGAGCUAAGAUGUAACCAACAGACUAAACCCGGUUAACAAAAAAAAAUAAAAAUACUAUGCAUGUGUUCAUCUCUUUACCUUUGUUUGCUUUGUUUUUACUUUGGUAUAUGUACUCUGUUAUGUCGUCGACUAAAUUGUCAAACCCAAAGGUUGAAGCAAUCGUGCAAGACAUUAUCGUUUUACUCGAUCAUGUUGUCUUGGUCAUUGAUCCACAUAAUAUGCUUAUCCAACUGAAAGUAGCCCAAAUUCCUCUUUAUCUCUUCUCUUACUUUUAGGAAGUUACUAACCAACUGAAAAUGUGUCUAGAGUUGAGGAUAAUGAGCAACCUAAAAAAAUAAAGGAUCUAGCCCUAAAAUCACUAAAUCUAGAUGAUGAUUGAAGAAGUGGAAGGGCAGAUUGCAUUACAAACAAAGCAUUACUUAAGAUGUAAAACGAAUAUGAAAAAUAAAUUUGAUAGAUCAGACGAGAAUAUGAGAUCCGACAAGAAAAAGGAUGAUGUCAUAAGUUUUAUAGAAAAUCAUAAUCAAACAAAGAAGCCUUGAAUGUCGAGAAGGGUAGUGUUACUUGGUCGGGGUGGGCAACGGGACGGGCCAGAUUGGGUACCCGUCCCGUUUGAACGGGUGCCCAAUCACAUUUGGAGAGAAAAUUCCACUCCAUGUUUCAAACCCAUACGGGUUAACGGAUACCCAUUAUCUAUACGGAACGGAUAACGGAUACACACGAGUAACUAUAAUGAAAAAAAUAACUAAAUCAUCCAAACUUAGCCUUCUUUGUACUUUAAUGGGGAAAGAACAUUAAUUCAAUCCAAUCCUCGCCUACAGAAAGAAAUUGAUGUGAUCUAG